AUGGUGGGAUCUCGAGGAUACACCGUUAUCGCCAACGUCGCGGAUCCUGCGGCAGCUUAUCCUGAGGCAUCCAAAAGGUUACCCGAGGAGUCCACGGUAAGGCCUAUUCACCUGAUGGGCCAGACAGCGGCAUGCCCAUGGAAGAGAAUAUGGAGGGAAAGCUCACACUCGUCUCAGUCUCCUCGGCUGAGGACUGGGCACACUGCAAGAACCUACAAGGCCAUUCCGGUCAAGCCUUCAUCACCGACGUCACCAACCACCGGCGUCGCUCCUGCUUGUUCCCGCGUCUUUCGUACACUCCCAGCAUACCGCGUAGCCUUGGAGUUUGGAAGAGUAAGGUUGGCGCAAUGA